GAAGGCGUCACUGUCCCACCCCUGCUGGGCAGAGACACACAGAGAGAGAAUCCAGCCCCGCACACCGACACUCACAGGCGCUGUACUUCUCCUCCGACCCGCCGCGGGACCAGUCAACCUGUCGGGAAGAAAAGCAGCAGAAAGACGCUGGACUCUCUCUGCCAGCGGCGUAACGUCAUUCUGAGCAACUCACAGCAGCGCCGCUAGCGGGCUAAGCUAACAGGAGCGAGGCAGGCUAACGACAGUUGGCUAAAAGAAACUCCUGCUCCCCCGCUGAAGACCUCCCACUGCCGGGUGCUGGUCCUGGCAGACCCAGCGAUGUGAGCUGCUCUGGUGUGUUCAUGUGGAAAUCCAUACAGUGCCUGGACAAGUCCGCUUCCAUAGCUGGUCUGGAGGACCACACUGCUGCUGUGACGUAAACCCCCGGCAGACCUGCAGCUGAUUUGGCUGUCAAGGUUUUAUGUUGGCUUUGAUUGCAGCAUAGCAUCCUCCCCCAGAGCAGCCUCCUCUCCUCCUCUCCUCCACUCCCUCUGCUCGCCCUGUUGGGACUACUAUGCCUCUGGGUCUGGGAAGAAGGAAGAAGGCGUCCCCGUUGGUCGAGAACGAGGAAGCGGAGCCCAUCCGCGCCGGUCUCAAUGUGCCAGGCAUGGACGGGCUCGACGGAGGCGUUCUUGGCCUGGGCGAAGGUGCCACCUCCGAAGGUCUGCCUCCUCCGCCCAGCAGCAUGCGGCCUCGCCUCAUCUUCCACACGCAGCUCGCCCACGGCAGCCCCACGGGCCGCAUCGAGGGCUUCAGCAACGUGCGGGAGCUCUACGCCAAGAUCGGUGAGGCUUUUGGGAUACCGCCGUCUGAGGUUAUGUUUUGCACACUGAACACUCACAAGGUGGACAUGGACAAACUCUUGGGAGGUCAGAUUGGACUAGAGGACUUUAUUUUUGCCCACAUUAAAGGACAGAAAAAGGAAAUAGAGGUGUUCAAAGGGGAGGAUGCACUGGGGCUGACGAUCACCGAUAAUGGAGCCGGCUACGCUUUCAUCAAGAGAAUCCGCGAGGGGAGCAUCAUCCACCAGAUCCAGGUCAUCAACGUGGGCGACAUGAUCGAGUCGAUCAACGGCCACCGCCUGAUUGGCUGCCGACACUACGAGGUGGCCAAGAUGCUGAAGGAGCUGCCCAGAGGGAAGGAUUUCACCAUCAAGCUGGUGGAGCCUCUCAAGGCCUUCGAUAUGAUCGGCCAGCGGUCCGGAGGGUCCAGGUCGUCCUCGGGGGUUCAGCUGGGGACGGGCAGGGGAACCCUGCGGCUGCGAUCCAAAGGUCCGGCUACCGUGGAGGAACUGCCUUCUGCAUUUGAGGAAAAGGCCAUUGAGAAGGUGGAUGACCUUCUUGAGAGCUACAUGGGCAUCAGAGACAGCGAGCUUGCGGCUACCAUGGUUGAGCUUGGGAAGGACAAAAAGAACCCUGACGAGUUUGCCGAGGCGUUGGACGAAACCCUGGGAGACUUCGCCUUCCCGGACGAAUUUGUGUUCGACGUUUGGGGCGCCAUCGGAGAUGCCAAGGUCGGACGGGUGUAACCACUGGAAUCGAUGGAGCAGAACGAUUUCUGUGUGCGACAUGACGCCCUACAACAUUUAGCACUACUAGGAAAACGCAAACACUACCGUCACAAGUUUGUUUUACUCCGGUGUAUACUUCUACUGUUUUUGUUUUUUUUCAUUUCGGGCGUACCUUCUGGGAGACUCUGCUUCGUCAAAGAGGAUAAUGCCAGUUAAUGGGAGAAGAAAAGGUGACUCUGACUUACCAAGUGCUUUUAUAUGUCUUCCGGCUUAAUCCCAAAACUACAAGCACGCUGCCGAGCAUUCCCCUCGACCGCAUCACGUGACCCUGCAUGUCAUUGUUGUAGUUGCUGGCAUUGGAACAAGUGCAGCACAAGUCUCUACUUUGGGGGAAAAAAAAAAAAUGAACGGCAACAGCGAACGCAAAGUAGAUAUGUGAUACUUGGCAUAAAGAAAUGUGAUAUAUUUUCCCCCCACUGUUGCUCUGCGCUGUAAACCAACAGUAGAAGUGAACAGCGAUCGCACUGUACCUCACCUGGUGAGCGUCGUCGGCCUCCCUGAAAUGCAGCAGUGUCGUCCUGAACCACUCGAUAUUACUGUUGUGGAUCCGUUUUUACAAGCAUGUGCUGUUAUAUUUUUUAUCGUCAUCAUGAAUUCUGCUGGUUCAAUGUUUUGUUAUUUUAAGUCAAAGAAACAUGCGUGGCUACAGAAGGGUCAUUUUAAACUGUAGCUCCUGACCUUUUUUUGCCCACUGUUCACACACACACUCCAUGCUUUGUGUGUGUGUGUGUUUCUGUGAGAUAAAUGGAGACGGUGGCACAUUCCAGUCUUACGUACCCCACAUCUGACAGUGUUAAAGAGAAUCAGUGUUAAUUAACCUGUGGUUGAAGGUCGUUCUAUGGGAAAUGAGAAGCAGAUCAGUUUCCAGGUUUGUGGAUUGUGUUGACUUAUUUUUUUUUAUAUAGCUGGUGUUUUUUAUAUAAAGUGAUGUGAUAUCUAUUUUAAAACAAGUGUUUAACAGAUGAAGAAUUUGAUCUUGUAACUACUUUGUUUUGAAGCAGAAAAGUAUAGAAAGAAGAGAGACUGUGAAACGGAGAAGUUGUAUUAGGAAGAAAGAAAGAAAAUGGAAUUGGUGAAGUACAAAAAGCCUUUAUUUAAUUUUUUUUCCUCAUUUCAUGCAAGUAUAUCUUCGUUGGAGCAGAAGGAUACCAAACUACUUCCACCAUGUGUCACAGUUACAUGUGUUCACAGAGAGGAAAAACAGGCAAUGUUGCACCAACUACUAUGCGUAGGUAAACAGAACGUCUUAAAAAAAACAAAAAAACUUUGGUGUUAACCUUUUCAGUGUGUCCAAAUUUAUGAAGCUACUUUUGUUGUUUUUGUUUCAUUCUUUAGAGUUGAUGAAAAUCUAAACUGGGGUCAUGUGAUGAAAAAAACAACAUGAUGCUAGAACACUGUAACACUGAGAAGAACACGUUCAUUUGAUGGCUUUGUAUUACACUGUUGUCAUUGUCCAAUUGUAAUGCAAUAAUAACAUUGACAUGGCA